UCAGCGGUGAACCCUUGCGUUGAGUGGAACCGGUCCCGUUUUCCAGUACAACUCGAUGGGGCAUAAAAAAACAAAACCAAAAAACAGACCAAAAAGCAACAAAGGCGCUUGAAGCAAACCGUCAAGAGGAAAAAGAGACAAGAAGAAGAAGAAGAAGAAGAAGAAGAAGAAGUCUUGCUUGGUGCUGCAAUGAACCUGAGUUACACCGCGAAGUAACGGGAGUUGAGAGCUUUAGCGCGCCCAGCUUUACUGGAGGUUUUACCCCCUCAACGCCUUUUUAAAACGCGGUGGCCGCCGGACGUGUCGUGCCGCGGCGCCAUGGCUGCCCAGUGCGACUCCCUGGGAUAUUUGCAGCAGUCGGACCAGGGCUCCAACAGUGAACGCAGCACCGACUCUCCGGUGCCCGGAUCCGAGGAGGACUUGAACGGACCGCAUCCGCUGCCAGACCCGGAAUGGACGGAGGAGAGGUUCCGAGUGGAUCGUAAGAAACUGGAAGUCAUGUUAUUAGCUGCCUCCGAAGGGAGAGUCAAUGGUGGGGAGGAUUUCUUUCAAAAGGUUAUGGAUGAGACCAAAACGCAAAUAGCCUGGCCUUCCAAAUUGAAGAUUGGAGCCAAGUCGAAAAAAGAUCCGCACAUUAAGGUGUGUGGAAAGCGGGAGAAUGUGAGGGAAGCCAAAGACAGAAUCAUGUCUGUCCUUGACACAAAGAGUAACAGGGUAACUCUGAAGAUGGAUGUUUCCCAUACGGAGCACUCCCACGUCAUUGGUAAAGGAGGCAACAAUAUCAAGAAGGUGAUGGAGGAGACGGGCUGCCAUAUCCACUUUCCUGACUCCAAUAGGAACAACCAGGCAGAGAAAAGCAACCAGGUGUCCAUCGCAGGGCAGCCAGGGGGGGUAGAAGCAGCUCGAGCAAAAAUAAGGGAGCUGCUUCCUCUGGUUUUGUCGUUUGAGCUUCCGGCCAUCGUGCAGCCUGACCCCGGUUCUCCCACCGUGCAGCACAUCUCACAGACCUACAACCUCACAGUGUCCUUCAAGCCCCCCACGCGCCUCUAUGGAGCCACGGGGGUGGUCCGCGGCUCACAGAACAACACCACAGCUGUCAAGAGGGGUACGGCUUUGCUACUCGAACAUUUAGCUGGCAGCCUGGCCAGUGCCAUAUCGGUAAGCACCCAUCUUGACAUCGCCCCCCAGCACCACCUCUGCAUGAUGGGCCGCAACGGCAGCAACAUCAAGCACAUCACCCAGAGGACUGGCGCCCAGAUCCACUUUCCUGACCCCAACAGCCCCCAGAAGAAAUCCACGGUCUACAUCCAGGGCACCAUCGAGUCCGUCUGCCUGGCGCGCCAGUACCUCAUGGGCUGCCUGCCCCUGGUUCUGAUGUUUGACAUCAAGGAGGACAUUGAGGUGGAGCCCCAGUGUAUCACAGCCCUGAUGGAGCAGCUGGAUGUCUUCAUCAGUAUCAAGCCCAAGCCAAAACAACCCAGCAAGUCUGUGAUAGUCAAGAGCGUGGAGAAGAACGCCGUGAACAUGUACGAGGCCCGUAAAUUUCUCCUGGGUCUCGAGAACAACGGUGUGUCUUCUUCCACGCCACCGGCGACAGUGCUGACCCCCUCCACCAAUGGCCCAUCCCCCUCCCUCAUCUGCCCCGUCGGGUUGGACAUCUUGGCCUCGGCUGGCCUCGGGCUAAGUACUUUGGGUCUUCUGGGUGCAACAGCGCCCCACUCUCUAAGCAACUCCCCCGCUCAGAACUCGGUCCUUAACAGCCUAAACUCCUCCAUGAGCCACCUGCAGACUGCCAGCCCCAGUAACGUCACACCCUCCCCGUCCCUCUGGCCCAGUUCCCUGACCAGCACCCAAGGCUUCUCAUCUCAACUGAUGCUGCACCCCGCCACCCAGGCCACACUGAACAGUAUCCUGCUGUCGGGGGUCCAGAGCUACACCCACAGCACCCCCUCCCCUCCACCCGGCUUGGCGCCCAUAGACAAGCAGCCCAACGGGGUCCCCGACUGCACCAAGGGUCCUUGCACACUUAAUGGACACGUAAAGCAUCCUGGCUCAGUCUAUGGACGGAUAUCAACUGCAUCACUCGCAGAAACUGUUUUGAGUCCAGCCCAGUGUGACUCAGUCCAAGAGGCCAGUGGACACAACCCAUCAGAACCGCUAUCCAGCAAGUCUAACCCAGACGAAGGCUCUGACACAUUUGUGGAAGUGGGCAUGCCCAGAAGCCCAUCUCAUUCAGCUAAUGGGAGUGAGCUGAAACAGAUGCUGGCUUCAUGUAAGACGUCAUCAGGGAAACGACAGGCCGUGGAGCUCCUACAGGGCACUAAGAACUCCCAUUUACACUCCGACUGCCUGCUGUCAGAUGCUGAAUCCAGUUCAUCAGACAGUCCCGUGGCAGACAAGAGAGCGCCGGGCAGUGAGCGGGCAGCUGAGAGGGCAGCCCAGCAGAAUGAGAGGGAGCGCAUCCGGCUGGCACCACAGUCCUCCUUUGCCAAUAUGCAGGCAUUUGACUAUGAACAGAAGAAGCUGUUGGCAACCAAAGCCAUGUUGAAAAAACCUGUGGUGACAGAGGUACGGACUCCCACCAACACAUGGAGCGGCCUGGGCUUCUCCAAGUCCAUGCCGGCAGAGACCAUCAAGGAGCUGCGAAGGGCCAACCAUGUCCCCUACAAGCCCAGCAUGAGCACCACCUAUGAGGGCGCUCCGCUGUCUCUGUCACGUUCCAACAGUCGGGAAGGUGUGGGGAACGGCAGCGACUCAGACAACUGGCGAGAGAGGAACGGCAGUGGGAACGGCUUGCCCGGUCACACAGAGUUCCCCACCGCUGUCAGCAGCCCCAAGAGGAAGCAGAACAAAUCUGCUGCGGAGCACUACCUCAGCAGCAGCAACUACAUGGACUGCAUCUCCUCCGUGACCGGCAGCAAUGGCUGCAGCCUGAACUCCUCUCUGAAAGGCUCUGACCUGCCAGAGCUGUUCAGCAAGCUCGGCCUGGGGAAGUACACGGACGUCUUCCAACAACAAGAGAUUGACCUGCAGACCUUCCUGACCCUCACAGACCAAGACCUGAAAGAACUGGGUAUCACCACCUUCGGAGCCCGCAGGAAAAUGCUGCUCGCCAUUUCGGAACUGAACAAGAACCGAAGAAAGCUAUUUGAGCCGCCCAUUAGAUCCUCUUUCCUGGAGGGCGGCGCCAGCGGUCGUCUCUCUCGCCAGUUCCAUGCUGACAUGGCCAGUGUCAGCGGCCGCUGGUAGACGUAUCCAGACCUCCAGACCACCCCAGAACCGUCCAUGAUUGAGACCCAGUCUCUUGUGCCUUUCACUGCCCCUCGAUAACCUGGGCUUCAGCCUCUUUGGCUAUUAGAGGGAUGUUUACCUUCCAUCUUAGUCUUAACUAAAUCUGUUGGCUUUCUCAACCUGUUGCCAUAUAUAUAUAUGCCAUAUAUAUGCCAUAUAUAUAUAAAAGCCAUAGUUUAAUCUGAAGUGCCAAUGAGAAAGAAAGAAAAAAGAUUUCUCCGAUAAAUGAAACCCAGCAUUUGUUCCUUGUAGAGCCAGUAAGCCUAUCGCAAGGAUUUAUAUCAAGGAUGUUGUUAUAGUUAUAGAGAAAGGGUACUGUCCAGUAUUUCUGUCCACUUUUUUUUGUUGAAAGGAAUAGGCAGAACGAUUAGUACAAUCAUAUUACACAUUGAUACUACCUGCAUUUGUAGUAUGCUGUAGAAUCAAUGACAUGCACUUUAACAAUACUAGACUUUUGCCUGUGAAAGCCUGAUUCCUUAGAACAAUGUUACCUAUGCAUUUUUGUAUUAACUCGAAGCACGGAUGCAUUUUGUACCAUACAUACCAAAGUAAGCACUUAGCCAGUGAGAUAAAGGGCAUCAGGAAAUGAAGUGAAAAUCACUCAAAUGUGCCAAAGUGGUGGCAUCGUCAACUUUCACACCAAAGGAAAGAUGCUGUUGUGGCCUUUGACCUUCAGUCUGUCCUUAGUGUUGUGAUUGACCGACAUUCCUCCACGGUCAGUUUCUGUCCCCAGCAACUGUCUGCUACUGUUUUCCUGCAGUUUGGUUUGUCGGUCUGUGUAUUUCUUAACAAUACAAAAAAAAAAAAUCAUUAUUUUGUACUCGCAUUAUGAUUUCAUUUGUUUUUAUUAUCAUUUUAAGGGAAGCAGAGGGACGUUUAAUGUAAUCAGUUUACAUAUAUGUUUUCCUUUUUUAUAAGUUCAUGAAUGAAGUUCAUUGAUUUGUAAUUAGGUUAAUAAUAUCUUUGCUUUUUUUUCUGUCUUUUAAUCUGUGGAGCCGUUUUAUGGCUGUGCCAUUAGGCAGCAGCAGAGAGACGAGGAGGUUCGUAUCAAGCAUUACCGGUCUCUCUAGCUGUGUCGAUGGGCAUCUUUCUGUGGUUCUCCUUUUCUGUUUGUGUAUGGUACAUGGUCUUUUUUUUGUUGUUGUCUCAUCUAUGGUAUUUGCCAGCAUUUCCCUUCCUGUGGCCUCGUUUAUGUGCAUGAACUCUCACUAUGCACCCUUCCAUGUUUCCUAAGCACUUGUUACCACACUAGACCCGUUAACCUAUUGUCUUCCUAGUCAUUGGCUGUUUCAUGUAGAACAAGACAAAGCCUUUUUGGAAGAGGUAACAAAGCAAGGCUGUCACAUUGUAGUAUAAAGUGCCAAUUUACAUAGUUCAUUUUUCAGCAGGGAGUUGUUUCCAUAAGGUCACUUUGGUUUUUGUUUUAGUUUGGUUUUGGUUUGGUCUUGAGUGACGUUAAUUCCCUGCUAGGGGAGAACCAAAAUAAUGUUCGCCAAUUUAGUUUCAUCCCACUAUUCCUAGCGGACAUGGAUCAGAUAGGAUUGUUAGGUUUGGUUUACAUAAAAAGCAUCAAACCUACCAGAAGGGCUGAGCUAUUUGGAACAAAGAUGCAGAAAAGUCCACAGCUUUCUAGUAUCGGUUGUGCAGUGUAAUAUCUAGUAAUCCGCUUGAAGCUGAGUUUGAAGAAGUGACAGGAUUAUGUACACAGCGGCAUUGUUUAUCAUUAAAGCUUUUGCUUGUUCUGCACUUAUAUUUUUGUUCAGUUUUUUUUUUUUUUUUUUGAGAAGGGAAACAAUUUUCGACAGUUCGUUAACUUUGAAUGACUCUAAAAUGUGCUUUGAUGUGAUUUCUUUUGGAUUUAUAUGGGGAUUUAGUUUUGAAGAGGACCAGUUUCCCCAGCUUCCCGAACUUGGAUCGUUCUGUAUCAGCUGCAUACAAGCCCACUGCACCAAGUGGCUCCUUGCAGCAUUUUUAGAGUAUCUGCACAGUACAAAAGCUAAAGACUAUAGAAGUAACUUAUGUGUUGAACUCAAAGUAAAAUCCAUAGCCAUUAUCGAGUAAAUAGAGGAUGCUUCCAAAAAAAUGUUCGACAUGCAAGAACGUUGUGCAGUUCUCGGCCAACCGUAAACCAAAUUAUCGGUUUGCCGUCGGUCCAGAACUGCACCAGCUGUCCUCAAUCACAGACAGGGAAAAGUCAGGUUUUACUUGGCUCUGCUUGCAUUGAUUCUCUUAAACGGUCUGUUGUUUAUCAUGUGUUCGCUAUUAACCACUUUUCACCUCCCCCCUUUGUCCAAUUUGAGCCAUUCUCCACAUGGUUCUCAAGUUAAUAACACUAUACUAGAUAACAUUGUGACAUGGUUGCUACCAACCAGGUAUGUUUUUUUUGUAAUUGUUUUUUCCUUUGAGGUCUUAAAAAAGAUGCAAGGGAGAUAGCUAAUGUAAAAAGGGAUUAUUGAUGCUAAAAGUAAACCCAGGGCUCGUUUGCCCCGACUCACCAUGGUACUACGUUGAAACUGUUGAGCACUGAUUUGUUUUUCCCAGUGCCUUGACUCGUGUUUCUGCCUAGCAGACAUUUGUUUUCAUCAGAGCUCACCUUCUUUGGAUGUCUUUGCCUAGAGGGCAAUAGAGGUUCUAGUCUUAUCAAGUGAAUGUUGUUUUUAAUAAGUGAAGAAAGAAGAAAAAUGGUUGCUGCGUGCUGUUGUGGGUUAAUGAAGGGACGCCUUCGUAGUCAAAGUUGACCACCGGCUUGUGUAGUGUAUGCCCUCGAUUGAAUGGAUAGGCAAUUAUGUCUUUAAUUUUUGUUCCGUUUUAGUCACAUGUUGUUAUUCCCAAAGGAAUUUAUUUGAAGGGGUCUUUGUGUUGCAUUGGAUCAAAUGGUGCAUUUUUGAUGAAUGUAAACCACUAAGGAAUUGAUGUAAUGCUUGCUUUUUGUACGACUUUUUCAUCUCACACUACCGUAGUUAAGAUACGUGAGAAAAGGGUACAAUUCUGCACAAAAAUCCACAGAAGAAGAUUUUGAGUUCAAACAGUUGAAUAUAAACAUGCCUCUUUUUUUUUUGGCCAAAGUUCUUCUCACUGUGGCAUUUGUUUUUGUUUUGUUGUUCUAAAUGUAAUUGUAGUACACCUACAAGUAUUUUUGGAAGUUUUUGUCGAAGUUGUCAAGCAGGCAAAAAAAAGACAUUUUGUUGAAACAUUCAAAUGCUAUAACAAAGGUAAUAAAUGUAUGUAG